CACAUACCACACACACACACACAUACACACAUUAAUAGAGAUUUUGGUGGAAUGACUAUAGAUAACACAUGACCAAAGGACGUGCUAAAAUAAAGGCUGUUUGCCCGACCUCAUUGUGGUAUGAAGACUCUAAACCACACAGGAAGCUGAGGGAGUACAAAGCUGCCUUGAGGCACUUGCACAGGGGUGGAGGAGGGGUAUCUAAAAUGAAAAUAAAUAAAUAAUUACAAAUCAAAUAAAAAUAAUGACGAAAAUGUUACUUGACAAAUUUUGAAUAGAAAAUCAAACGCAAAUGAAAUGAAUAGCGUGUGCAAGUAAAAUCAUUAUCAGAAAGGAACUCGUAGGACAUUGUUAAUCAGUGACGUCAGUAAUUUAUGUUGACCACAUUCUCAACAAGAGCCCUGGCUGUCUCUUCUGGUCUGUAUUUGUGAUCUGGACUAAGUGACUGAGUGACUGACCGGUAGCAGAGGCGAGUCAUGGUAAGAGACUGCUUAAAUCUGUUAUGGCAACAGUACUGACAUCAUGUAGACCAUACGAAUAUAAGUUUGUGUUAUUUGAAAGGUUACAUUUACUUAAGCUUUUUCAUUUGUACCUGGUGACACUCAACAGUAUUUAGGAGAGAGCCAUCAUCACCUCUGCUUGUAGUAAUUCUCACAAUUUCACCAAUAAUACCUAAUGAGCAUUGUUACCUUGUAAUUACUGUACUAAAUACAAAUUAAGAUGUUCUUUUUGCAAUGGUUAUACAAUCAAAUUGUGCUAACCUGCUAAGAAUCACACUCUGCACCACUGUACAUUUUUAGAGUCAGGUAGGCCAAACUAGCAUGCUAUGCUACUGACAUUAACUCUGUUUCUAUGAAACUGAAACUUUCAGGGUUUGCUGUUGAUGGUAAUGAGCUGUGUGACUUCUCUGUCUGUCAUGGUCCUGAUCACAACUCAAGGAUAACAACACAAACUGAAGGUCAAAAGUGGAUUGGACAGCCAGGUGUUCAACUGGAUGUCAGAGAUGCCCCUCAGACUCCAUUCAUUUCCAUUCGUCCCUCUGGUGACAUAGUGGAAGGAACAAACGUCACUCUGACCUGCAGCAGCAGAUCUGAUCUACCAGUGCAGAAAUGCAGCUGGUACAAGACUGGUAGCCAUGUAGCCCUGCAGCAACAAUCUUCAUACACUUAUACCAUGUAUAACAUCAAGCCAAUACACAGUGGACAAUAUUACUGUCAGAUAAGAUAUGAAUGUGGCUAUACAGGUUCAUAUCUUUUUAACCUGGAGGUUUCCUAUCUUCCAAAAAACACCCACAUUGUGAUUAACCAACUUGGAGACAUUACUGUGGGAAACCCAGUGACUCUGACCUGCAUGAGUGAAGCUGCCCCACCAGUACACACAUACACCUGGAUCAAGAAGAGUGGAGCUGUAGAAAUGAAGUCAGGAAAGGAGAACACACUCACCUUCAGCAAGAUCCGUUCUGAGGACAGUGGAGAGUAUCUCUGUCGAGCAGCCAAUAGGAUUGGUCAACAAAAUUCUUCUGCUGUGUCUGUCAAAGUCCUAUAUCAUCCAAAGAACACAACAGUCAAGUCUUCUGCAUCUGGUGAAAUCACUGCGGGAAACCCAGUGACUCUGACCUGCAUGAGUGAAGCUGACCCACCAGUACACACAUACACCUGGAUCAAGAAGAGUGGAGCUGUAGAACUGAAGUCAGGAAAGGACAACACACUCACCUUCAGCCAGAUCAGUUCUGAGGACAGUGGAGAGUAUCUCUGUCGGGCAGCAAAUAGGAUUGGCAAACAGGACUCUCCUGCUGUGUCUGUCCAGGUUUUAUAUGCACCACAGAACACAACUGUUUUAUUUUCUGAGUCUGGUGUGAUUGUCAAGGGCACUUCAGUGACUCUGACCUGCAGCAGUGAUGCCAACCCACCAGUGGAGAGCUACACCUGGUUUAAGGUGAAUGAGUCCACUGCAGUAGGAUCAGGACAGCAGUACAGCAUCACUAACAUCAGCUCUGAGGAUGGAGGACAGUACUACUGUGAGGCCAGGAACAAAUAUGGAGCUGAGAACUCAACUACUGUGUCCAUCACUGUUACAAGUUGGCAGAGCCCUCUCUCCACUGCUGUGAUAACAGUCUCUGUCUGUGGAGCUGUGGGACUCCUCUGUUUGGUUUUCUUAAUGAGCAAGAAAUGCAAGAAAAAUGCAACACAGACAAGGGAAGACCGGAAUACCCGGGAUUAUGGUAAUGUUGCCCAUGGUGGACCAUCUGAUGGCACCCAACCUGAUGCUAUUUACCAGAGUCUGAACCCCAACACCACCCAACCUGAUGCAGUUUACCAUAGCCUGAACCCCAACACCACCCAACCUGAUGCAGUUUACCAGAGCCUGAACCUCAACACCACCCAACCUGAUGCAGAUUACCAGAACCUGAACCUCAACACCACCCAACUUGAUGCAGUUUACCAGAGCCUGAACCCCAACAACACCCAACUUGAUGCAGUUUACCAGAGCCUGAACCCCAACACCACUCCACCCAAUGCACUUACUAAAGCCUGAACACCAACACCACCCAACAUGAGACAGUUUACAAAAUUCUAAAUGCAAAUACCUCUUAAAGGUA